AUUUUCAAAAUGGCGGAGUACGAUCUGACUACCAGAAUCGCUCAUUUUUUAGACAGGCAUUUGGUCUUUCCGUUGCUGGAAUUCCUUUCGGUCAAAGAGAUCUACAAUGAGAAAGAACUUCUCCAAGGGAAGCUGGAUCUUCUCAGCGAAACAAACAUGGUGGACUUUGCAAUGGAUGUAUAUAAGAACCUCUAUCCUGACAAAGAAAUUCCACACUCCUUGAGGGACAAAAGAACCACAGUGGUGGCCCAGCUAAAGCAGCUCCAGUCUGAAACGGAACCCAUAGUGAAGAUGUUUGAAGAUCCAGAGACUCAGAGACAGAUGCAGUCCACCAGAGAUGGAAGGAUGCUGUUUGAAUAUUUAGCAGACAAACAUAGUUUUCGUCAGGAAUAUUUGGAUACACUUUACCGCUAUGCCAAGUUCCAGUAUGAGUGUGGAAACUACUCUGGAGCUGCAGAGUAUCUCUACUUUUUCCGCGUGCUUGUUCCCUCCACAGACAGGAAUGCUCUGAGCUCUCUGUGGGGCAAACUGGCAUCGGAAAUCCUCAUGCAGAAUUGGGAAGCAGCCAUGGAGGACCUGACCCGCUUACGAGAGACCAUCGACAACAACUCACUGCAGCAGAGGACGUGGCUCAUACACUGGUCACUGUUUGUCUUCUUUAAUCAUCCCAAAGGCAGAGACAACAUCAUCGAGCUCUUCCUCUAUCAGCCCCAGUACCUAAAUGCAAUUCAGACCAUGUGCCCCCACAUUCUCCGCUACCUGUCCACAGCUGUCAUCACCAACAAGGAUGUGAGAAAACGGCGACAGGUUCUCAAAGACCUGGUCAAAGUCAUCCAACAGGAGUCAUACACGUACAAGGAUCCCAUCACCGAGUUUGUGGAGUGUCUCUACGUUAACUUUGAUUUUGACAGCGCGCAGAGAAAACUAAGGGAAUGUGAGUCGGUGCUGGUAAAUGACUUCUUCCUGGUUGCUUGCUUGGAGGACUUCAUUGAAAACGCUCGGCUGUUCAUCUUUGAGACGUUCUGCCGAAUCCAUCAGUGCAUCAGCAUCAGCAUGUUGGCAGAUAAGCUGAAUAUGACCCCUGAGGAGGCCGAGAGAUGGAUCGUAAACUUAAUCCGCAAUGCCAGACUGGAUGCCAAAAUCGACUCCAAACUGCAAGAAAACUGGUCGGUCCUGCAGCUCCCACGGUACAGCCGCAGAAAUGCAGACCUCUAAUGUGCAGAUCAUUUUGCAUCAUCUCUACUACACUCUUCUUCAAUGUUCAUAUGGCUAGGAAUGUUGUUCUCCUGUCUGACCACUGUGGAAUAAGAAACCAAUUGGGGUGAAGAUAUAGCACAUAGAAGGCAGAGUUCCAGAACACACCCACUGACUGUAUAAUCACCACAGGCCAAUGGGUCAUGUGGUGAUGGGCAACAACGCAGUGUCGCCGUAUCAGCAGGUGAUCGAGAAGACCAAGAGCCUGUCGUUCCGCAGUCAGAUGUUGGCCAUGAAUAUCGAGAAGAAGAUCAGCCACAGCAACAGAAAUGAGACACCGAACUGGGCGGCUCAAGACACGGGAUUCUAUUAAGACUGGAAUCAAGUCAAACAGUGGAUCAUCUGUUAUUCUCCUCGACUUCAUCUUAGUAUUUAACUAACUUUCUUUUAUCUAGCCAUGUUUUAUAAUAGGAUCAUUUUAAGAAAGACUGUUGCAGACAUUUUCGGCACUGCGGAGCUGUGGAUUUCUGAGAGCUUGCCAUAGAGUUUUAUGCAUUCUGUAUGAAGGAAAGGAUUUACCAGGCAAGAUUUUAUUAACUUUUUUUCAGUUCGGUGUGUUCUCGAAUUCAUUGUUUGAAUAUCAUAACACCAGAAUAAACAAUGAGAAUGUGCUUCUGAAUGCAUUUUCUAGGUCCUACAAA